AUGUCUUCACCACCUCCAAAUAGUAGCUUAAACUAUAGCUACGAUAUUUUAAAUAAUAGUUUUAGUAAUAUUACAAAUACCAGUAGUAAUAAUAGUAAUAGCAAUAAUAAUUUAAAUUUUUAUAAUAGCAGCAGUUCAGAUAAAAUAUUCGGUAGUGGUUUAAAAGAUAGUGGUAAUUUUGAUAUAAACAAUAUAAAUAUGAAUAAUAUAGCACCAAAUAAUAUCAAUACAACACAAACAACCGCACCCCCAGAAUCAGGUCCCCCAAAAUUAUCUACAGAAUCACCAAAGUUUAUAAUAAAUGAGAUUGGAAAUAUAAAUGACGAGUUUAUAGAAUUACAAAUCGAUAAUAACCAUAAACAUACCAAUGAACCGGGAUUUAUAGAGAACCAACCAGAAUUAUAUCAAUAUAGAUUGGUAUCAUGUAAAUAUUGCAAAGAAUUGGUUCACUUUAUCGAAAUCCCAUCACAUAGAUUAAGAUGUCAACAGGUUUUAGGGAAAUGUAAUAAAUGUUUUAUGGAAAUGAAGUUUUGUGAAUUUCAACAUCACAUCAACCAGUGUUUGAUGAAUUUUAGUAUUGUUAGAUAUUGCGAAAGUUGUGGUGUAGGUUUAAAUGCAAUAACAGGACCAAAACAUACCGAAAAAGUUUGUUUAGAAACAAUUUUAAGUUUAAAUUUAUCAGCAUUGGAAUCCUCAAAUAAUCAUUUAAAUGAAGAACAAAAAUUAAAAAUUAAAAAAAUUAAAAAUGAUUUAUUAUCAUUAACAAAUAAUUUUAAAAAAAAUAAUAAUAAUAGUAAUAGUAAUAAUAAUAAUAAUAAUAAUAAUAAUAAUGUGAAUAAUAUGGGUAAUAAUAUAACAGAGUCACAUAAUAGAAAUAUUUUUCCACAUACCAUACCAACACCAGUAUCAACCAAUUUAAAAAAUAAUAAUGAUGUUAUGUUCCAUGAUGAAUCAAUACAUGUUCAACCUUUAAAAUUCCAUUCAGAAUCACCACCUCAACAACAGCAGCAACUACAAUUACAAAUUCAAACUAGAAAUGAAUCAAUUUUAAACGACGACAUUAAACCAUAUGCACAAAAAAAUGAUGAUUUAACAGGUGAACAAAUAAAUCAAUUAAAGUUAAUUAUCAAAUCAACACCAAAAAUUCAAAAUAAAAAAUGGGCUCUUGUAAAUCAAAUUUGGUAUAGUAAAUGGGAAAAAGGAAUUUAUAAUAAGAAGCAAAUGGGAGAGAUUUCAAAUCAUCAUCUUUUAGAUUCGAUCAAUGGUGAUGGAGGUGGUGCAGGAGUUGAACAGUUAUUAAAAAGCGAUAUAAACGAACAUCAAGAUUUUACUGUUGUACCAUUGGAGGUCUGGAAAACAUUCAAGGAAAUAUACGGUGGCUCUCCAGAUAUCAUUAGAAAAGUGAAUGACAAGGGUGAAAUUGAUUUACAAAUUCCAAUCGCAUUGUUCUUUAUUAAAUCUUCUGAUAUAAAACAUUGUUUAAAUAUAACCAAAAGCUAUGCAUUUUCAAAUGAAACUUUUUAUGCUUUAAAAAAGAGGGUAUGCAAAUUAUUUCAUUUGGCUUUAAAUGAUGUUGAGUUAUUCAAUUAUGAUGGUGGUACAGUUUCUCAACCUCUACAUUCUUUUUUACGUGUCGAUGCUAUAAAAUUAUAUAAUAAUCAAAUGGUUUUAGUUGAAGAAAAACAAUUUCCAUUAGAUAAAAUCGAGCCAAUACCAACUAAAGAGUCUAGACCCUCCUCACAUUCACCUAGUCCUCAAACAAUUGAUUUUAAUGACCCUAAAAUUAAAGAUUUAUUACCAAAAAACACAGAUUACUCACCAUUAUUUAAACACGAGCCAACUCCAUAUGUAACAGACAAAGGUCAUGUUUAUUAUAGUAUCAAGGGCAUGCCUAUAUACUAUCCAAUGUACACAUAUCCAUAUUUACCACUAUUAAACUAUUCAUUUAUCAAUUUUAAUUCAGAAACACAAAUUCCAUUGGAGCAAUAUUAUAAAUAUAAAGAAACACAAAAUAGUCAUAAUGAAAAUUUAGAUCAAAUCCAAUCAUUUUCUCUUGAUGAUAACGAAAGUAGCACUAAUAAAAACAAUAAUAAUAUUAAUUAUAAUAAUAACACUAAUAAUAUGAAUAAUAAUAAUAAUAAUAAUAAUAAUAAUAAUAAUAAUAAUAAUAAUAUGAAUAAUAAUAUGAAUAAUAAUAUGAAUAAUAAUAUGAAUAAUAAUAUGAAUAAUAUGAAUAAUAUGAAUAAUAUGAAUAAUAAUAAUGGUAUAGAUAAUAGCUUAGGAUCUAAUCACUCUAUUAAUAGUAGCGAUGAAAUUGUUAGUCCUCCACUACCACUAUUAGAAUUGCCUCUAAGCACCGAACCUCCCCCACCUUUGGAUUUAGAGCAUCAAAGAAAGAGGUCCCAAAUGAGACCUCCUGUUUAUUCAAUUAUUUCUCUUUCUAGUGCUGGAUCCUCAAUUAAAUUAAAUAUGGCUUCUGGUUCAAUUUCUGAUACUUUUGGUGAAAAUGGUGUUUCUUCAUGGGGUAAAAAUGAACAAAGCCACUGGGGAAAAUUAAAAAAACAUCACUCAGAUCCACAUAAAAAACACUGGGGUCAUUAA